AGUUCUAACGUAGAGUCGGCAGCCGUUUUACUUUUAGACAGAUCAGGAAGACCAUGAAAACAGCCUAUUUAAUGGUUUGCUAGAUUAAAAACUGAUCUUGAACACUAUGUUGGAAGGGGUUGGAGUCGUUGGGACAGGGUCCCUCACUAGCAUUCUAAUCAACACCUUACAGGCAGUUGGUAUCAAGGUUGUUGCUCUUUGGGGUCCAACCGAUCAAGAGGCCAAGGAGUUAGCCCGCCAGUAUCGCAUACCAUUCCACACGAGCAAGGUGGAUGAGGUUCUUCUGCACCAGGAGGUUGACCUUGUCUGGGUGACCUGUCCUCCCCACCUCCACGGUGAGGUUGCAUCGAAGGCACUUGGGAUAGGGAAACACGUCCUGUGCGAACGACCCGCUGGAUUGAAGCAAGCCGAUGCCAUGAAGAUGGUGACAGCAGCUCGUUACUACCCAUCACUUGUGUCCAUCAUGACUCAUGGGUUGAGGUUCCUGCCUGCUUUCGUGAGAACAAAACGCAUGAUUCAGGAGGGCGAGAUUGGUGAAGUGUUCCUCUGUGAUGUGAAGCUCUCUUGCGGAAGUUUGCUGACAGAUAAAUUUAAUUGGAUGUGUGACGAGAACAUGGGUGGUGGAUUGUUGAAUAUUAUAGGGUCACAUAUAAUUGAUAUUAUCAGCUUCCUUGUUGGCCAGAGAGCAUCAAAGGUUCGUGGCAUGCUGAAGACGUUCAUCAAACAGAACGAGCGGAUCAACGGAAUCCGGCACAUCACGAGCGAUGACUUCUGCACAUUCCAGAUGGAACUCUAUCGUGGAGCAUGCGCCACAGUGACUUUGAAUGGACACUUUCCAGGUCAGUUUAAGCAGGAGAUUAUGGUGAUAGGUUCAGAAGGACGAUUGCUCAUCAAGGACGCAGACUUGUACGGGCAGACAUCAUCCCACACGAGGGAGACGUUGCUCAUGGCCGAUAUCCAACAUGUCCCUGAACGCCAGAAAUACAGCAUGGCUCCGACGCCUGAGCUUCCUCUUCCAUACUAUAAGGGGCUCUUGAAACUCACAGAUGCCCUCAAGGAAUCUUUUGAGAGAAAGAAGGAAAGACUCAAUUGGGAUGGGGAGCCUGUAGCAUUCGCUGCAACCUUUGAAGAUGCACUUUAUGUACAGACAGUCAUAGAUGCGAUAAGGAAAUCAAACAUUACAGGGAACUGGGAAUCAGUGGAGACGUUGAAUGAAGAUAGGAAUGGGAGGGGAUUCUUCCUUUCAUGAGAAUUGAUAUGCUACACUCCCAUACAUGUCACCCAUAUUAUUUUAAAGUAAGACAAAUGUAGAAAUGUAAUAGAAACUGAAGGAUAUUUAUUUUGAUUGCCAGCUUAUUCUUGCUUAUCAUGAAGCCUCUGAACUGAAGCUUAGAUACUGUUCAAACUAUCUCAUUGUAUACUUUGUGCUAUAUGUACAGUUUGUAUAACAGGAUUAACAUAUUUUGCUUGUAUUUAAGGUCACAGAGAUGCUAUAAAAUCACUCAUAUUUUGAAACUGUACAUAGUCACAUAGAUCUAUAAUUCAAUUACUGCUCUUAACUAUUUCUUUAUUAACAUAAAACAUUCUUCAGUCAACAUCGGGAUUGUCAAAGACUGAAAUACAAUUUUGAUGAGGACAAAUAAAAAUUAUCAAUUCCUGGGGGCAUUACAAGGAAAUCAUAUUGUGAAAUCGAUUGCAAAAUUUGAUUUCUAAUUUGGAAUUUAUGGAAUUUAGUGGAUAAGUCUGCUGACUUUGAAACAGAGGGUCGUGGAUUCGAAUCCCAGCCAUGGAGUAAUUUCCUUCAGCAAGAAAUUUAUCCACA